CCUCCCUCGCCCGCCACCGCUGCUGCUGCUGCUGCUGCUGCUGCAGUGUCUCCUGGAGGCUGGCGAGCGGUGGCCUUCCUCCUUCUCCCCUUCCCCUUGCAGCAGCAGCAGCAGUAGUAGCAUCCUUAGCAGCAGCAGCAGCAUCCCCCUCCUCCGCAUCCUCCUCCUCCUCCUGCUGCUGCAUCCCCUCCGCCGGCAUGGCUGGCGUCAGCUUCAGUGCCAACCGCCUGGAGCUCCUGGCCUCCUACCAGGAGGUGAUCGGGGAAGACAGCCCCACCGACUGGGCAUUGUACACCUAUGAAGAUGACUCUGAUAACCUGAAAUUGGCUGCCUCAGGAACUGGUGGCCUCCAAGAGCUCUCCAGCCAUUUUGAGAUUCAGAAGGUGAUGUAUGGAUUCUGCAGUGUAAAGGACCCCCAGGCCACCCUACCUAAAUAUGUCCUCGUUAACUGGGUGGGAGAGGAUGUAGCUGAUGCCCGAAAGUGUGCCUGUGCCAGCCAUGUUGCCAAGGUUGCAGAGUUCUUCCAGGGUGUGGAUGUCAUUGUCAAUGCUAGCAGUGUGGAAGAUAUUGAUCCAGGAGCCAUUGGUCAGCGGCUCUCCAGUGGCCUGGCCCGCAUUGCCAGUCCGGUGCUGCACCGUCUUCGUCUGCGUGAGGAUGAAAACUCCCAACCUGUGGGUACUACCUAUCAGAAGACUGAUGCAGCUGUGGAGAUGAAACGACUCAACCGAGAGCAGUUCUGGGAACAGGCCAAGAAAGAAGAGGAGCUGCGCAAAGAGGAAGAGAGGAAGAAAGCCUUGGAUGAACGGCUGCGUUUUGAGCAGGAGCGCAUGGAGCAAGAGAGGCAGGAACAGGAAGAGCGUGAGAAGCGCUACCGGGAACGUGAAGAGCAGAUCGAAGAACACAGGCGAAAGCAGCAGAGCCUGGAAGCAGAGGAAGCCAAACAGCGGUUGAAGGAGCAAUCCAUCUUUGGGGAGCAGGAGGACGACGAAGACAGGCAGCAGCCCAAAAAGUCUGAGUCAGAGGUGGAGGAGGCAGCCGCCAUCAUUGCUCAGCGACCCGAGAACCCUCGCGAGUUCUUCAGGCAGCAAGAACGAGUGGCCUCAGCCAGUUCAGAGACUCUCCCGCCCUUCAGCAGAACAACAGGUCGUCUGCACUGUCCUUUCAUAAAGACACCUGACAGUGGGCUGCCUUCCUCCUCCUCCUCCUCCUCCUCCCCUCCGCGGACUCCCUUCCCUUAUAUCACUUGCCACCGCACACCAAACCUCUCCUCCUUCUUUCCAUGCAGCCAGACGGAAACACACAGAAAGGUAUCUGCCUCUGCCAGUAGCCCUUGUGACUCCAGUACAGCCUCGACACCUGUGGGAGAGCAGAUUGAGCGUGCCCUCGACGAGGUAACGCAGCACGGGGCAUUGAAAGACUCCUCCAGCCCAAGCUGUGAAGAGGCAGCAGCAGCAUCUGCUGUGAACUGGACUCCCCCCAGUGUGGAGCAACCAGUGGAGAAGAUGGAAGAGCCCCCAGCCGUGUUGGCUUGGGAGGGGGAGGACUCGACACAGCCACAGCUGGGUGAGACUGGUCCCACUGAAGACCUGGUGUUCCCAGAGCCCAAAGAGGAACCUCUCUUCCCAGAAGCCCCACCUUCCAAGGAAGAGCCUCUCUUCCCAGCUGCCCCCCUUCCUAUGCAGAGCGAAGGCACGAUGGAUCUGGGGGAGGCCUUUGGCUUUUCACAACCACCUGCUCCUCCGUCAGAGAACAUCCUUGACCUGUGGCAAAAUGACAGCUCUGCUGUGCAGCCCACCCCUCCAGAUGCCUGGGAGCUCCAGCAAGGCGGGCCCCCCACUCCAGCCCCGUGGGACCUUCAUGAUGGGCCCCCUGCACCUGCCCCCAUGCUGGUUGAGGUAGAUGUCCCUCCAGGGGCGCCGGAACCACCCUCCUCUGCAGGCCUCCCUGAAGAUAACCUGCUCAAUUUCAAUGACCUGCCUGAACCCCCAGCCACAUUCUGUGAUGCUGAGCAGGACGAAGAGCCAGCAAGCAUUGUUGCAAUUGAGGGGCUGCACCAGAUGACCCUCAGCUAUCAGCAUGCCCUUCAGGAGGCAUCUGGGGCACACCAGGAACCCCAGCUGCUCACCAAUGGGGAGACAGCCCAAAAGGAAAGCACGCAGACGAGUGAAGGUUAUUUCAGCCAGUCACAAGAUGAGGACUUCAACCAAUCAGAAGAACCAUCUGCUAAAGCUCCUCCUCCAUUGUUCUACAAUAAGCCCCCAGAGAUAGAUAUCACCUGUUGGGAUGCUGACCCAGUGCCAGAUGAUGAGGAGAGCUUUGGGGGCAGCGUUUAAGGCCGGCUCCUGCGUCCAACUCCUGUAUCCUGCACCCAGCAAGCCCAGCGUCUGCAAGCCUGGAGCAACUGCAGUGAAGGCCUGGUGCCUGCCCGCUCCGUAUUGUAGUCCAAGGCCUCAGAUUGUACCCCAGCCAGAUAGGAUAUACUCCAUGGUACCCUGGGGUAACUUUUUUCCAGCGUGCGCUCUUUCUCUUUCUCUUUUUUCUAAUGUUGUCAAAUAGGAAAUGUGUAAAUCUGCCUGGUCCCCUCUUUGUUGGUAGCUCCCCUGCAGGCCCUCCUCUUCCUCUGACUCUUGCCCGUCGGGUUUUUUCGGAUCCUGGCCACCCCAUGCCAUUUAUGCCAACUGGGUUGAUCUCCUAAAUGUGCUGCUCUUGGGGGUGGGUGAGGGAGGGGCCUUUCCUCCUCUCAGACUCCACCUGGAGUUUUGAGGAUUUUGCACGAAUUUUAAAUAAAAUAUGGCAAUAAAAUGGCCCUGUGUGGGCAAGGCCCUGGCUCCCAUCAUCUCGCCUCCCUUUGGUCCCCAACAGAGAGCCCCAUUUGGCUUUUGGGCUCCAGCAAGAGUUAGCAACAGCAAGGAAUGUUUUUUCCUACCACAGUUCAACUCCAUGACCCUAUGUCUGAGAGCUAGCCCAUGCCAGACCCUUCUCCUUAGGUCUUAAUUUGCCCUGAGAGCCUGGGACAUGGGGAGGCUCUGGGUGGGCUCCCCUCUCCCCCUCCUUCCCUCUCCCCACCCCUUUUCCUCUCCCAUUCCAUGCUUGGUUUCCUUUCUCUCACUUACUGUAAUUGUUUUUUUGUUUUGUUUUUUUUUGAAAGCACAAAUUCUGUAACAGCAAUGUGCUUAUGUAUGUUAAUAAAUAAAUUGAUUUCAA